GCUAAAACAGACCCUGAAGAACUGUGCUGCCAUGCGAAUCCCGCCUCGCCUGGCUUUCAAUGCGCAUGGCCGCGGGUUCAGCGCCCUGCGUUUGGAGCCGCCGAAAGCGCCACGCUCCGCGGUGAUUUUGCUCCAUGGCCUGGGUGACACGGCGGAGGGAUGGCUGUCAGGGGCCCAUUUCCUGCUGCAGGGACUACCGGAGACACGCUUUCUGUUGCCCACUGCACCCAUCCAAGCUGUCACGUUGAACGGCGGCAUGGCCAUGCCCAGUUGGUACGAUAUCCGCGGCUUGGGUGAACGUGCGGAUGAACCCUGUGAUGGUAUCGAGGACAGCAGAGCGACAGUGAAGAAGCUGAUCCAAGAACAGUUAGACGAAGGCAUCCCAGCAGACAAGAUGAUCCUGGCUGGCUUCUCUCAAGGAGGUGCCCUGUCGCUCUACACGGGCUUAUUGUUGGAACACCGCCUUGCUGGCAUCGUGUGUAUGUCAGGUUACCUCCCCUUUAGCCGCAGCUUCCAACCCAGUGCCUCCGCCCUGAAGACCCCGGUGCUGCACUGCCACGGCACAGCGGAUCACUUGGUGCAACUUCCCUGGGCCGAAGCGGGGCUUCAACGGCUGAGAGAGGUGCAAAUCUCUGUUGAGUGGCGUUUGUAUGACAUGGGGCACAGCGCUUGCGAAGACGAACUGGAGGAUGUCACAGAGUGGAUCGCGGAACGGCUCGCUGUUUAA